AUGACCGCGGCAGGCCACUUGACGACUGCCGGCCAGCUAAUGGAUGUUCAGAGGUUUCCGCAUACAGCCGACCUGACAGCGGCUUUCUCUCUCCGGGUAGUUAGACCCCUGCCAGUUUCUCUCCCCCAGGACCUGGCUAAUCAUUGGGGCCGGGGGACGUCGAUUACCUGCCCGGUCCCUCUCGACCGUCGGCGGUUGACCGUGGGGAGAGACACAGCUGGAGACGAGACGGACGGGAGCAGGAAAGGCGAGGCGGGAAGGACUGGCGGGAACCGCCGGGGAGGACAGUCACAGGCGCCGCGCAGCACGUGUCGACGGCGCGCACGCGCGGAGACUGCAGCCCCCAGAAUCCCCCGCGGCGCCGCCUGCGGUCUCCUAGCAACCUCGCCAAACAAGAUGGCGGCCUCCAGGAGCGCUCCCCAGGAGUCCAGAGCGUCCUUUCUCUUGAGAGGCUCGGGCGGCGCACGGCCGGGCGCCCAGUCGCUCUCGCCGCGCUCCGAAAAAGGGCGUCAGCCCUGCUGGUCCCCUUUUCCCAUGGGGCAGAGGACGAAAGGCCCUGCCCAGAGAGUCUCCUCGCGCCUGCUCCAGCAGCUCAUCCACCGCUACCAGGAGUUGGACGCCGACGGAGACGAGAACCCGGGCGAGGUCGAGGCGGAGUCCGAGGAGUCCGAAAUGCUGAACUUGGAGGAGGAAUUUGAUGGGAUCCUGAGAGAGGAGGUUGUGGCUGGAGCACUCCACCACCUGGGGCGCUCAGGCUCCGGGACCGAGCAGGUCUACCUCAACCUGACUUUAUCAGGUUGUGAUUUAAUUGACAUUAGCAUUCUCUGUGAAUAUGUUCACCUGCAGAAGUUGGAUCUUUCGGUAAAUAAAAUUGAAGAUUUGUCUUGUGUGAGCUUCAUGCCUUAUCUUCUAGAACUCAAUGCUUCUCAAAACAAGCUGACGAAAUUCUUCAAUUUUGAGCCACCCAAAAAUCUCAAGAAGGUGGAUUUUUCCUGCAACCAGAUUUCUGAAAUGUGCGAUUUGUCAGCGUAUCCUGCCCUCACUACACUAAUUUUGGACAGCAACAAGAUAGCCGAAGUCUGUGGGUUGGAGCUGUGCAGCAGCCUGACCCACCUCAGCCUGGCCAACAACAGGAUCACAGCCGUCAGCGGCUUAAACACACUACCAAUCAAAGUGCUUUGUCUGAGCAAUAACCAGAUCGAGAAGAUCACAGGCUUGGAGGAUCUGCAAGUCCUGCAGAAUCUGGACCUGUCGCACAAUCAGAUAAGCAGCCUCCAAGGCUUGGAGAAUCAUGACCUCCUGGAAGUGAUCAACCUGGAGGGUAACAAGAUUGCUGAGCUGAAAGAAAUAGAAUAUAUUGAGAAUCUACCUAUUCUUAGAGUUCUCAAUCUUCUAAGAAACCCAAUUCAGGAAAAAUCUGAAUACUGGCUCUUCGUCAUCUUUAUGCUACUGCGAUUAACAGAAUUAGAUCAGAAGAAGAUUAAAGUGGAAGAAAAGGUUUCGGCUGUGAAUAAAUACGACCCUCCCCCCGAGGUAGUUGCCGCCCAAGACCACCUGACCCACGUGGCCCACAGCAUGAUGCAGCCUCAGAGGAUCUUUGACAGCACCCUGCCCAGCCUGGACGCCCCAUACCCUAUGCUGAUACUAACUGGUCCUGAAGCCUGUGGGAAGCGAGAACUUGCCCAUCGCCUCUGCAGACAGCUGAGUACGUACUUCAGAUACGGGGCCUGUCACACCACACGACUGCCCUACUUUGGAGAAGGGGACCGAGUGGAUUACCAUUUUAUCUCUCAAGACUCUUUUGAUGAAAUGCUCAACAUGGGGAAAUUCAUUCUAACGUUUAGUUAUGGUAAUCACAAUUAUGGAUUAAGUAGGGACACCAUAGAAGGCAUCGCAAGAGAUGGCUUAGCCAGCUGUGCUCAUAUGGAAAUAGAAGGUGUAAGAAGUUUGAAAUAUUCCUAUUUUGAGCCUCGAUAUAUCCUGGUGGUGCCCAUGAACAAGGAAAAAUAUGAAGGAUACUUGCGGAGAAAAGGAUUGUUCAGUCGUGCAGAAAUUGAAUUUGCUGUCUCCAGAGUGGACCUUUAUACUGAAAUUAAUCAGAAACUUCCAGGAUAUUUUGAUGCAGUAAUCAAUGCAGAUGACCUGGACACGGCCUACCACAAGCUGAGUCAGCUCAUCAGAGAGUAUCUCGGACUGACUGAGGAACCUGCCAAGGGCCUGGCUCCAGCUGCAGAUGUUAAGACACCCCACCUGGAGUCUAAAGAGCAUCCUAGGACUUUUUUGAAUACUGGCGACUCCCUGCAGCCCACCAACAGAAACUACUUUGCUAAAUUAUGGGCCAAACUUUCAGCCAAAAGAAGACCCCCGGAAAGAGAUUCCAUACACAGACAGUAUGAAAUAGCCCGGCAAGCCCUCAUGGGAAAGACACCCCCUGAUCAUACACUCCUGUUUCAAAGGGGUCCAGUACCAGUAUCACGCACCAAUGAUCUACACUAUUUUACAACUUUGGAAGAACUACAGAAAAAAUUUGAGCUUUGUGAAGACAAUCUUAAACCUCCUUUUGGAUCAUAUCCUGAAAAGAGUGGCAAGAACUCCUAUGGUUCCAUGAAACAGUCAUUUCUUCAGUCUUCUCCAUGGGCAAAAAACUUGCCUUUUCAACUUCCAGAGGGCAGCGUUUCUUCACGCCCAGAAUCAAGAGUAAGUGACAGCGAGACGGAUCCGGCCCUGAAAGCAUUAACUAUACAGUCAUUUUCACAUGAAAAAGAGUCUCGCCAACAGAAAAGACAGUCUUCGGUCUCAGCCGUCAGUCGCCCAGGUUCCAAUGUCAAACCCAUCUUCCCUCCAAUUCCUCUGGGCCACAAGUAG